AUGGCGACAUCAACCACCCCCAUUGCAGAUUCUUCUCUCCCCUCCACAGCCAAAACAGUCAUCUACGAUCUCCCCACCCGAACCCUACAUCUCCAACCCAACGCCCCCAUCCCAACCCCCGACCCCACAAAAGGCGACCACCUGAUCCGCGUCCAAACCACCGCCCUCUGCGCCCGUGAACUCGAUUGGCCCUUCCUCUAUCCCGACGCCAUCUUCUCCGACAACCCGGAGAAACUGAUCAUACCGGGCUACGACCUCGGUGGCACUGUGGUCACUUCACCCCCUGGAUCUCAUUUUCAGCCAGGCGAUGAGAUCUAUGCGCGCACUCCGGCGUCGCGGCCGGGAAACUGUAGGGAGUAUACCAUCGCCAGAACGGGAGAGAUGGCGUUGAAGCCGAAGAGUACGGAUUGGGUCGAGACGGCUUGUGUGCCCUUGUCGGUUCUCACGGCUUGGCAGGCUUUGUUUGUGCAUGGUGGGAUAGAGGCGGAGGGGUUGGUUGAGAGGGCUUUGAGAGGAAGCGGCGGUAGUAGCAAGAAGAGGGUUCUUGUUACUGCUGCAGCGGGUGCAGUGGGUGUGUGGCUGGUGCAAUUGGCGAGAAUUGCAGGGUGUGAGGUUGUGGCGCAGAUUGGGAGUCUGGAGAACGAUAAAUUUAUUCGAAGUUUCGGCGCGUCACAGACGAUCAACUACAAGGAAGUGAGUCUGAAGCAAUGGGUUGAGAUGGACGGUAACAAUGAGGUGGAUAUUGCUAUUGACUUAAUUGGAGGGAAGACGUUGGAAGAGUGCUGGUAUUGCGUUAAGGAUGGAGGAACGUUAAUCAGUAUUAUCGGACCGCCGGAAACGAGGAAGCCGGAUGGUUGGGAGGAGAUGAGGGAGGGGAAGAAAGACGUGAAAAGCGUCUUUUUCAUUAUGGAACCAAUUGGUUCGCAGUUGACGGAAGUUUCGAAGCUGAUAGACGAAGGGCAGUGUAAGCCUGUCCUGGAUAGUGUUUGGGACUUGGAGGAGACCGAGAAGGCAUUUGAGAGGUUGAACUCCGGGAAUCAUAGGGGGAAGAUUGUGGUCAAGAUCGCUCAGUAG